UCUUCUUCCUCUCAAAUACUAGUCUUCUUCUUCCUCCCAAUCACUUCCAUACCUUGCGCCCCCAAUCACUCCCAUACCUUGCGCCCUAGAACCAAAAACUAUCUCUUUCAACAAUGUCUUCUAAUUCCAUAACUCAACCAUCAUCAAAUGGGUUACCUAUGUGUGGUUGCAACAAAAUCAUGAAAAUGUUCAUAUCCAAUUCAAGUGCAAACCCUAAAAGGAGAUACUGGAAAUGCCCAACCUAUAUGACUGCUAGUAGUUGUAAGUUGUACAUAUGGGAUGAUGAAAUUGAAGGACAUGCUCCAUAUGUUCGUCCUGUAAUCGCAGCUGAAUCACCAACCUCGUCCAUGAACAAGCUUCCAUGUGAUUGCAAUUGUGAAGUGGUGAUGAAAGAUUUGACUGUGAUAUUGAAAGAUUUGGGAAUCAAGAAAAAUGAGAAGUUGAAGAAGAAGCUACAACAUUCAAGGAAGAAGACGAACUUGUUUAUGGUUUUGUUGAUUGUUUCUUGGGUAUUUUUUGUUGGGUUAAGUUGACUGGUGUAGUUGAUACAUGGUUUGUAACAAUCAUGUUGAAGUUGGUUAUUAUGGUUGUAAUGGUGUAGUUCAACAUUUGUGUGUUUUGGUUGUAAUGUUAGUUGAAACAUUGUAUGCUACUUAAAUUUGAUUAAUUUAGUGAUUUUUGUUGCAA